CUACGGGUUCAAGUUCCGUUAUACGACUUUCUCGAAAUGACUUGAUGGCCAUGUAAGAAUAUUGAACGCGGGGAAACGCGGAAAUUUGUUGAGGAAUAACUCAACGAGGAGAAAGAGAAAGAGAAUGAUGAUGAGAUCACGGUGGAGUAUAGUGGUGACGGUAACGUUAGUUGUUUUGCUGUUUUUGAGUGGUAAAGGGAAUGGACCAUUGUCAGUGGAAGCCUCUAAUUCGGUUUCUGCUUUCGUUCAAAACGUCAUCUACUCCAACCGAAUCGCCGUCUUCUCCAAAUCCUAUUGCCCGUAUUGUUUGCGCGCCAAACGCAUGCUUGCUGAACUGAAUGAGCAACCGUUUGUGGUGGAGCUCGAUUUACGAGAUGAUGGAUAUCAAAUUCAGAGUGUUCUUCUGGAUUUGAUAGGUAGAAAGACAGUGCCACAAGUGUUUGUGAAUGGGAAGCAUAUUGGUGGAUCAGAUGAUCUCAGAGCUGCUGUUAAGAGUGGUGAAUUGCAGAAACUUCUAAGUGCUAGUUGAUGAUGUACUAUCUACUAGAGAUUUAUGAGCACAACCAUCUACUAUUCUCUGGAUAUUUAGGCGACAGCGUGCAUUCUUUAUAGAAAUUGCAUGUCAUUCAACUCCGGAUCCGCUAGGAUUCACAUAGAAAAUUGGGAGUAUUGAUUUUCUUUUGUUUAACUGUUGAUUAAUUGUCAUUUUCAAUGUGCUGGUUCGUGUCUUACGAAUUUUAGAGUGAAAAGAAAAAAUGCACUAAGAAUCUCUCGACAUAUCAAUUUUAUCCCCAUUUAAUACUAUUGAACUUGAUCUAACUACCAACAUUUAUUUUUGUUAGUUUUAAUUUGGAUUCUUACCGUCGGGCAAGUAAGAAAAUAACAAUAAAUACUUGCAAAAUGACUUAUAAUAAGAAUUACUAAAACUUUUUAGAUAGAGGAGAGGGAAUAUAAUUUUAUACCCCCACUACCACAGUAUGUUAGUUUAGUUAAUAUUUCUCUCUGCUUAUUGUUUUGCUGAAUCAAUCUCAAAUCAUGGCCUGAUGACAUCAUGAAGUCAGGCAUAUUGUUUUCGAUCACCAGGAAAACUAGAGGGCUUUGAAUGAACCAAGAUCGAAAUGCCCUGUCUUACACUCCUAUGAACUGCUAUUCAACCGAAUAGUUCUGUUUUGAAUAAUUUAAUGAAGUUGGAAUUUACUACUUCUGAAUGUAAGCACCGAACAGAAUAACAAGACAGGUUAUAUUGACAACUAAAAAUCUAUAUCUGCUGGUAAGGGUAUCAUCUAUGACAGGUUCCGUCGUAUGUGAUAUGUAUCUCGGGGCAAUUAAUAUGAAAACUGAGAUACACAUGGAAUUAAAAUCAAUAAAAUAACAGGGUAACGUUUUUUCCGGACAACUGUUGUGCCAUAGGUGAAUGAGAGGGCAGAUACACGUUACUGCCACUGCACAGUUUUGUCUGAAAAUAAACCACUAUGUUGUACUGUUGAGUUCACUAUCAGGACGAAGCUACUGAGUCAGGCCUCCAAUUGCCUCUCUUUGCACAUAGCAUACCCUCUUCUUUUUUGUUGAAGAUUAUUUCCCAAUGUAUAGAUUUUAACAAAGCUUCCACUUCGCUGAGGGUGCUAGAUUCAUCACGGACAAUCAAUUUACCUCCCGGUCUGAUUAUUCUAUCCACCUCUGCCAUAACAACAAGAAGUUUGCACCUGAGGAGCCAAACAACAAAACUGGAUCAACAUGAUGCAAGAGCAAUAUCUCUAGUAUGGGUGUACGGGUGAAAAAUGUUGAAGGAUCACACUACUUCCAUCCAUACCUUUCUUUUAGCUUUGAGAAAAGAUUAUCUGCAUGGAGUAGAUCAUAAGUUCGAGGAUAUGUGCUGAAGGAUUCACACCAAUCAUGGUAUAUCCCAAAAAGACCCCUCUCAUAGAUGAUGGGAAGUGUGUCCGGAGCAUCUAUGUUCACCACAUUGAAUACCCAAACAGGAAGAUCCCUCAGAGCUGCUGCAAAUCUGCACUCACGUGACUAAGACUGAGUAUCACAUAUUAAAAAAAAUGUAUAGUAGUUGUAGCCAAAGUUGAAUCAAUACCCCCCAUAAACAGCUCGCAUGUCCAUGACAUUUCUCACGUUAGACCAAGUUAUACCAAUGUUGGUCAACUCGUCCACAACGUUUUUCCAACGUUCAUUGUCUGCUGCAAAAUCUUGAGGAGCUGCUUUUCCAUAGAUCCCAAUCUGCGACUUGUUUAACCAAUACGGGGCUUUCUGUAGUCGACGAGGCCAAGCUGCAGGCCAUAUGGCUCCUCUCUCAGCCUUGUUUACCGGCACCCUGUGUAUGCAUGAUUGCAGAGGUACAUACCUGAAAUAUAAUAUAUUUGGCCAAUGGAAAUUAGAAGUGUUGUUACGUAUUUUACUGCUCAAAUCAAUUACACAAAACAUGUCAAAACGCCAUGUUCCAGUAAUAGAGAUUUACCAGGCAGCAUUCGGAUCAUCGUCAUCCUGACACAUUGGAGGCUGAUUUUGCUCCCUUUGCUCGUAGCAUUCAUUUGAAGUGGGCUUGCGGUAAAUGGCGGCACCAGCAUGAUUCAGUUCAUCCUUGCUGAUAGUCACAAGCUCCCAACAAAUUGCCUUCGUUAGGGAGGUCAUUUCUUGAAGAAAAUUACAAAAUGUCAGUGGCUUUAAAAUUGCUGAGUUAUUAUCAUCUCAAUUACAAUGAUUUGAUAUGUUACCUACCCUUCCAUAUCUGGACAUCUUCUUCAAGCUUCUGGUACACAGGAGUAGCCGACCAAACAAAAUAACCACCUGGUCGCAAAACCCGAUUCAAUUCCAAAAGCAACAUGCCACCUAGAAAAAAGUUUCACAUCUCUCAGCAAUGACCAUGAUUAAUGCAAAACUGAGCCGUUAUGAACAAUCAAUAUGACGUGACAAAUCCAAGUUCCAGAAAAGUGUUAGUAAGACCAACCAUCCACAUGCCAAGGUACUCGACAACGUGCACAAUGUAUGAGAUCAAAGACGCGACUGGGGAAUGGCAGCCUUUGAGAGCCCAUAACAGCAGAUAUGGCAGGAAUCCCUCUCUCAAGGGCAAAUUGCACUUGUGCUUCAUGUUCAUCUUUGGGUGCAAAAGACAUUGCAAUAACAUCUCUUUCAAAAAGGAAACCUCCAAAACUGCCAACCCCACACCCAACAUCCAAGAUCACCCGGGUGUGCUUUCCCCAUGCAAUACUAGGUUCAGCCUGCACGAUUGAAAUUAUAAAAAAACUUAGUACAAGUUAAGAUUAUCAGUAUGAAUUUCAGAUUCUAGCCUAUGUAUGAAUCCCAAAUGCUUAAAUAAUGUUGUUGCUGGGUGUUAAGUUUUAACAAAUGGAAUAUGUAAGAAAUUAUAGACGCGAUCACCUGUUGAACAAAAUCAAUAUAGUGAAGAGCUCCGUGAAUGAACUGGGUGCCACCUCCAGGGAAUGUCAAGAACUCACCACUGACCUUCACCCAGUUCUGGUGUCCCUUCACCUGUGCCAGCUUCGUGUGUGGUACGUUGUGGUACCAUAUCU